AGAGGUUCAUUGAUUAUUACAAUGUCUGAAACAGAAAGAAGGCGUUAAAUCUUUAGCCAUGACUAAUGUUAGUGUUGAUCUUCUGCUUUAUAAUCGUUUAGAAAUCGGUUAUAGAAACAGUUGAUAUGGAACCGUUUCAUACAUCCAAAUGGGGGAUUACUGGGACAGGACAGACAUUGUGCGAACAAUUUUUGCAGGAUGCAAAAAGUAAAAAAAAAAUUGAACAAAAGCAGCUUAAAAUGAGAAGGAAAAGAUUGAAAUUAAAAUCUGGUUUUGCAAUAAAAAAUGAGACGAAAGAAACACAGAAGCUGAUAUCUCCACAAAAGUCAAAAACACUGAAGAAAGCAUUUCCUGACAUACAAAAACUGAAUGAUAACAUAACAUCCUUGUUGAAAACUAAAGUGAAAAUGCCAAAAAAUGCUAAAAAAAUAAAAGAUAAGAAAGGGGCCUGUAAUGUAAAUCCUGGACUUAUAGCCAAGCGUAAACGCCAAUUAGCUGAACUACAAGCACAUAUAACAAAUGAUUCUAAUAAAAAAAAUAAUCCUGAUUUGUCUUUAAGGCAAAAAAUGAUAGAAAGGCUGGAAUCUGCAAGAUUUCGAUUUUUAAAUGAACAAAUUUAUACAGUUAGUGGUAAAGAAGCUGAAAAAAUAUUCAAAACUGACCCAGAAGCAUUCCAUGCCUACCACAAAGGUUACCAACAACAGGUCAGUAGGUGGCCUAUGAAUCCGUUGGAUAGAAUCAUCAAGAGCAUCAGUAAACUGCCAAAAGGCUACAAAGUCAGUGAUUUUGGUUGUGGUGAAGCAAAACUAAGUCAGUCACUAGAACAUACAGUGCAUUCCUUUGAUUUAGUAGCAGUAAAUAAAUUUGUCACACCCUGUAAUAUGGCCCACGUACCUCUGGAAAAUUAUAGCAUGGACGUUGCAGUCUUUUGCUUAUCUCUUAUGGGCAUCAAUCUGUCAGACUAUUUGAUAGAAGCCAACAGGGUUCUCAAAGUGGGAGGCAUGCUGAAAAUUGCAGAGGUGGCAAGCCGUUUUGAUGAUGUUAACCAGUUCAUCGCUAACUGCAAGUAUUAUGGGUUCAAAAAAACCUGGAUGGAUCUAUCCCACAACCUAUUUUAUUUCAUAGACUUUAGAAAGGAAUCUGAUGUGAAGAACAUAAAAAAACUUCCAAAGUUGAGCUUGAAACCCUGUAUUUACAAAAGAAGAUAA